AUGGAAGACGAUCCACGCCAGAGCAGCAAGCGCAAGGCUGAAGAGGGAGAGGAGCAUAGCAAUACAGAGGCUCGCGCAGAGGCAGCUGGAGAUGUUCAGCCUGCGAAGCGAGCGCGUGUCGAUGAUGCUGAGGCGCAAGACAGACGCCGAGCACGCAAAGGCAAGGACAAGGACGAGUAUGAGGAACGCAGCCACCAUCGUGCUGGUGAAGGUGGGGUGAGCGUAGGUGGCGGCAGCGGUGGUGGCGACGACGAGGAGAGGGCCAUGGAACUUGAGAGGCAACGCGAGGGCGAAGAAGAGGAAAGGAGGGCUGCGCGUAAAGCCAGCAGUCGAUUCCAGCAGACAUUCCGCGAAGAUGCUGAAUUCGGGCGAGUAGAGUACAGCCACAUCGCAGCGAAUGCGGCUGGCACUCGUCGUGGCGACGAUAAGGAGGGCCUCGAGGGGGAGGAAGAAGCCCGUGGUGAGGCAUCGCUGGCCGAGGAGCUGGCGCACGGCAGCGGCUACACACUUCAAGGCAAGGAGGUGCCCAUCGAGCCCUUCAAUCUGUCGGAGGAUCUCGAGAUGGGCUACUUUGACGCUACUGGCAACUUCAUCUUCACCCGCCGCGACAAGGAUGGAGAGGAGGACGACGUGGGCGAUGACAUGGGCAACUUGUCCAAGGAGCACCGCGCCGACGCGCUGCAGGCCGACGCCUGGCUGCGCGAUUCUGAGACGCUGGCCACCACUCGCGCGGUGCCCUCGCGCGCACCGGCUGCCGCCGCGCCCAAGGAAGAGGAGCCCGUUAAUUUGCUCGAGUUGAAGAGAAAGGUGUGCGAAGUGCUGCUGCCCGAGGAAACCGUACAGCAGGCUCUCCAGAGGCUGGGCAAAACGAUCAAGCUCGCUCGUGCUGCUCAGGGCAAGGGCAAGGGCAAGGCCAGAGGUAAGGCAGCGGCGGCGGACCCUGUCGAUGAGGAAACGAAGCAGAAGGCGGCCGAGCACUUGGAGGAGAGUCGGCGCAAGCUGAAUCUGGUGACCGAUGCGGCCAGCAAGCUGUUUGACGACGGCUGGGUCAACGUCUACGACUACACGCGCGAGCGCAUCCUCUCCACCCUUCUCGACAGCCACGACUCCAAACCUCAGCAGAGCCUCCUUAGCUCGACAAGCAGCAGCAGCAGCUCAAGCGUUGACCAACAGUGA